GUUGGAGUAGGAAGGACACAAAGCCAGAGAGAGUCCUCCACAAGCAAAAGGAUGAACUAUUUUGCCUCUAUUAAAUACAACGGCUCAUUUGCAAUCUCAUUACCAGUCCACAGAGAAAUCGACAGAAAUUAGCCUUCUUUGUUACUUUUAUUGUUUGGGUGUUUAUAAAGGCAGAGGCAGAGACAAUGUGCAGCCUAGAGAAGCGAGGCAAGGUGUUCAUUCUGACAUUGCUGGGAGACGACGAUCACAGAUUUAAUCCCACAACACUAGACGCCAUUUCAGGCGCCUUGAAAGAGGUGGAGGAAUCCCCCGACGCGGCGGCCCUCGUCACAGCCAGCCAAGGCAAAUACUUCUCCAACGGCCUCGACCUGCGAUGGAUUGCAGAGGAUCCCAACGCCCGUCUGGACAUAAUAAGGGACAAAUUCGAGAACGUGUUGGCGACCUUCAUGAGGGUGGGCAUCCCCACCGUGGCGGCCAUCGGCGGGCACGCGGCGGCGGGCGGGCUAAUCCUGGCGCUGGCGCACGACUACCGUUUCAUGACGGAGGGGCGGUCCGUGCUGUACAUGAGCGAACUGGACCACGGAAUGCAUCUUCCUCGGAGUCUGAUGGCGCUCAUUCGUAGCAAGCUGCACCCUGCCGCCCUGCGCGACGUGGUGUUGGGAGCCCGUAAACUGAGUGCGCAGAUGGGCAUGGAGAGAGGAAUGUUAGAUGGCGUUUGCGAGGACCCGGCGGAGACUUUGGAGACGGCGGUGAGAGAGGCGGAGAAGAUGGUGGGUAGGGGAUGGAAGAGGGAGGUUUAUAGAGGGCUGAGGUUGAGUGCCUUUCCUGGUGUUGUGGAAGAGCUCGAUGCACAUCGAGAUUCCUAUCGCUUUGCAUAGUCAUUUUAGUAGUAGUAUAGAUAUUGAUGUGAAAAAUUACCAGGUAAUGUAGGCUAAGUGUUUUGAUGAAUAAGGAGGAAUUUAAACUGCAAGAAAAAUAGCAAUCUUAAAAGCGUAGUGGGCUUUUCCUUGAUAUGGAACUAUCUGUCUCUCUGCAAUAUAUAAAUGACGGCCACCAGCGAGUCGAUUCGCAUAUUAGUUUUUGCAAUUCGAUGAAGUCCAAACUGUCUGUUCUCGAGGAUUUCGUUUCCACACAAAAUUGUUUUCGUUGCGUGUGCCGCUUGUGAGGAAAAACUUCGAAUCUGUACGAGUACUAUAUUUAGGAUACUGUUUUAAUUCGAGGUUAGAACUUUGAAAAGGCAAAGUAGGAUUAAAAGAAUUUCCUCGUCCUUGCUAUAAGGGAAAAAGUUUACGAUAUUCAAAUGUGA